CUGCCCCGGCCAGCCGCUCCUGCCAUCACACGUACUACACUCCCGACCAACCAAUCCAGCGACGCACGACAGGGAAGCGCUGAGCACAGGACCCAUGGCCGCCACCGCCGUCGCGGCGUCUCUGUCCGUGGCCCGGGGGCUCGGGAAGCCCCUCCGCGCCGGCGGCACCAGCCCGUCGUCGCUCCGCGUCUCGCCCCGUGGCAGGUCGGCCAGCAGGGUGGCCGUCGUCGCCCGGGCGUCGUCCGCGCAGAACCCGGCCAAGGAGUGGGCGGCCGCGGCGGCCAUCGCGGCGGCGCUGGUGCUGCCGGAGGUCGCGGAGGCCGCGCAGCCGGGGAUCUCGCCCUCGCUCAAGAACUUCCUCCUCAGCAUCGUCUCCGGCGGGGUCGUGCUCGUCGCCAUCGUCGGCGCCGUCGUCGCCGUCUCCAACUUCGACCCCGUCAAGCGGGGCUGAUAGCUCCACCACCACAAGCACGGCCGCCGGCCGCGGCAUGGCUGUGCGUAUACCUAUGUACUGAGACUGAGAGCGGUCGAUCUCUCCUCCGUGUGCUUCCGAAUGAACAGCGUCUGAUAUGAUGCGCCAAUCUUUUGCCGUGCAAAUCUCAUUUCCUGCUAGUGAAACCUCGUGUUCAUGGAGAGCCCCCACACGUUCAUCUAGGAUCGAUCAGUUCGAUUUAAGUUUACUGUGGGUCGCCUAGAGUUUCACUUUGCGACACAUGCCGUGUCGGAAUUCAAUCGGGCUAUAGACUGGAGGAGAUCACUGAAGCGACGUUUCUUUAAAGAAAUAAAAUGUUGGG